AUGAUGCGAUACGGCAGUGACCCUCGCCCACCUCCUUACCAUUCUAGGUGUGUGAGGCUCGGUGAUAGGUUGAUGCUUGAUGAUGACGGCAAGCCUUGCCUUCCCGUCAACACCAAACUCUCAACAUUUGCCCUUGCAACAACCCCUUGGAUCCAGACGUUCGAGACCGCAUUCGCAAGCAAUGGGACAUUGAGCUUCGCCACCACCAACAACAAGUUCUCCAGCACGUUGCCACCGAAAAGCGCUGGCGUCCUCGAAGACGAUGACAGAAAUCGUCUCCGCGAACAAUGGAGAAGGGAACGGGCAAACCACGAAUCAUGCAAGUGGAGGAGAGGACGAAGGCGCGAAGAAGAAGAACGCUUGAGAUUGAACAUGUUUUGGACCGACGCGGAGCCCCACAUGUGCACGACAUAUGGCACUCGAGAGUACACCGCCCGACUAGUGAAUGUUCCGUCGUAUUAUAAUCGCCGUGUGGAGGCUUGCAUGGCCACGGCGAUACAGAUCCACGGGGUUAAUUACACACCCAAGUGGUGCGAGGAUCAUGGUUCAAACAAUGUGGUAGGACAUUGGGAAGUUGACCAGCAGCAGCCGGAUUGCGUACCACACUGGGAUUGGUACAAAGAUUUCGGCUGCGUUUCUCCUGGAUCUGGUCAGCGACGUAUCGAACAACACCUCAAGAAUAUCCCAGAGGGAGCUGACUGGAGGGAGUUCUGUGCUACUACUCCUGCCAGCUUCAAUGGGGUGCAUUUUAUCGGGGCACAAUCCUGCCUUUUGGACCCGAAUAAUGGCGGUACAUGGGGCUACUGGGACAUUGAUGACGAGCGCUGCAACAAGUGACGACGAUGAUUCGAUGUUGGGCGAUGUAAAUAUUGUCUUGGAUUUUGGGAUUCGCUAUUUGUACCAUUUGAUG